AUUUUUCCUUAAGCGAUCGAUGUGGUUCGAGGGACGAGCAAAAAAAAAUAUGAAUGGAGCAGGUCUGGUCAAAUGUCACCCAGACUGGAGAGCGCGGAGCAGGAGAAUGAGGAGGAACCUCGAGAGGGCGGUUUGAACCGGGGCUGGGGGGAAGCUGCUGAUGACUAAGUGAGGAAAAAAAAAGGGGGAGAGAAAAGGAGAGCACAUGUUUGACUCUUUCUCGUCAAUUUCCCCACUUUUGGUCCAUUUCAGCGACCCUUGGUCAGUUACUCUUUUACACUCUUCUGAUGCCUGUGUGGAAAACAUAGGGGGAGGGGGAAGAACGGGAUUUUAAAGAGAAUUCGACAGGUUGCAUGACAACAUAUUGCUUAUUUUCAUGAACCAUGAGGAUGGGAUGUUUCUUGCUGUUUCUCUACUUCGCCACCGGCCCGGGCCGAUCGCAAACUCCCCCCGAAAGCAUCAACAUCGCCAUCGUGCUACCUCACAACAACACCAACUAUGCCUGGGCUUGGCCCAGGGUCGGACCCGCCAUCCAGCUGGCCAUCGAGAGGGUUAACCAGGACAGGGAGCUCCUGAAGGAUUGCAUCCUCACCUACAAGUUCAAGAGCAGCGAGGUGAACGGCCGCUGCGCCGAUUCCCUCGCCCCCCUGCACGCCGUCGACUUGAAGCUGGAGGACGACCCGGACGUCUUCGUGGGUCCCGGCUGCAUCUACACCACCGCCCCGGUGGCCAGGUUCGCCACUCACUGGAAGCUGCCCCUGGUCACCGCCGGGGCAUCGGCUUCCGGCUUCUCCAUCACCAGGGACUACAACACGGUGAUCCGCACCGGACCGGCCUACGCCAAACUUGGCCAAUUUGCUGCCCACAUCCACGAAACCUUCAACUGGACCUCGAGGGCGGUCCUGGUUUUCCUGGACAUCAAGACGGACGAUCGGCCUUUCUUCUUCCUCUCGGAAGGGAUUUACACCACCCUGCGAGAUGAGUUUGCAAACCUAACCAUACCAGGGAAGGGAGUUGAUAAGGAAGAUCUGGACCAGACCACUAUCAUUGAUAUUAUCCAAUUCAUUAAAGACAAUGCACGGAUUGCGUAUCUGUGUUUCCCUUUCGAGAAUUUUCGUCAGAUAAUGUUCUACGCGCAGAAAGAAGGAAUGACACGGGGAGACUAUGUCUUUUUCUACUUGGAUGUGUUCGCUGAAAGCCUGAAAGUGAAAUCACCGACAGAGUCGUACAAACCCUGGAAAAUGAACCACAGCAGCGAGCCCGUCCUCAAGGAGGCUUUCAAAUCGGUGAUGAUCAUUACCAACCGACAGCCAGAAGCACCCGAAUAUUUCGAGUUUCAGGAAGAGUUCAGGGCAAGAGCCAAAAACGUAUCGAGUGCCGAUCUGGCCAACACUCUGGUGAAUUUUAUUGCUGGUUGUUUUUAUGAUGGGAUCAUGCUCUAUGCUUUGGCUCUGAAUGAGACACUUGCAGCAGGAGGAUCCAAGAAAGAUGGACUGGUAAUCUGCAAGAACAUGAAAGAUCGCCAGUUCCAAGGUGUUACUGGAUUAGUGAGCAUUGAUGAAAAUGGCGACAGAGACAUCGACUUUAGUCUCUGGGAUAUGGUCAACACAGAAACUGGGGAAUAUGAGGUUGUCGCUCACUAUCUGGGAGUGAAGAAGCAGAUCUAUUGGAUUCCUAAUGUAGAGAUUCACUGGCCAUCGGGCUCCAUUCCCACAGACAACCCUCCAUGUGUGUUUGAAAAUGAUCUUGCAUCCUGCAACAAGGCUACUUUCUCUGUACUUGGAAUAGUUGCCCUGGGAACAGGCCUCACACUGGCAAUCUUUGGAAUCUCCAGCUUUUUGGUUUACCGGAAACUAAAGCUGGAGAAGGAUCUGGCCAGUAUGAUGUGGCGAAUCCGCUGGGAAGAACUGCAAAUGGGAAACAGCGAUAAAUUCCGGAAGAGUGCUGGUAGCAGGCUUACCUUAUCACUGCGGGGAUCCAGUUAUUGCUCGUUGCUAACAACACAAGGGAAAUACCAGCUUUUUGCAAAGACUGGCUACUUUAAGGGUAAUUUAGUUGCAAUAAAACAUGCAAAUAAGAAAAGGAUUGAGCUCACCAGACAAGUGCUGUUUGAACUAAAACAUAUGCGGGAUGUGCAGUUUAAUCAUUUGACAAGGUUCAUUGGAGCCUGCAUUGAUCCACCAAAUAUCUGUAUUGUAACAGAAUACUGCCCUAGAGGAAGUCUUCAGGAUAUACUUGAAAAUGAAAAUAUCAACCUUGACUGGGUAUUCCGCUAUUCACUGAUUAAUGACAUUGUGAAGGGAAUGGUAUUCCUACAUAACAGCAUAAUUGGGUCACAUGGCAACCUUAAAUCAUCCAACUGUGUUGUUGACAGUCGUUUUGUGUUGAAAAUCACAGAUUAUGGCUUGACAAGUUUUCGUUCAACAUGUGAUAAUGAAGAUUCAUACGCACUCUAUGCAAAAAAACUUUGGACGGCUCCAGAAUUAUUAAGAUGGGGACGAGCACCUCCUCAAGGUACCCAGAAAGGAGAUGUAUACAGUUUUGGCAUUAUUCUUCAAGAGAUUGCCUUAAGAAAUGGUCCAUUUUACAUAGAAGGAAUGGAUCUCAGCCCAAAAGAAAUUGUUCAGAAGGUCCGGAAUGGACAAAAGCCUUAUUUUAGGCCAACAACAGACAUCAACUGUCACAGUGAAGAACUUGGCAAUUUCAUGGAGAAGUGCUGGGCUGAGGACAUUGUUGAAAGACCUGAUUUUAGCCAAAUUAAGACUCUGAUUACAAGAUUCAAUAGGGAGGGCAGCAGCAGUAUAUUGGACAACUUGCUGUCAAGAAUGGAACAGUAUGCCAAUAACUUGGAGAAGCUUGUAGAGGAAAGAACGCAGGCCUAUCUUGAGGAAAAGAGAAAAGCAGAAAAUCUACUCUAUCAAAUUUUACCUCACUCAGUGGCGGAACAGCUGAAGUGGGGUGAGACUGUACAAGCAGAGGCGUUUGAUAGUGUCACAAUUUAUUUCAGUGACAUUGUUGGAUUCACUUCAAUGUCUGCAGAGAGCACACCGCUGCAGGUUGUGACCUUGCUGAAUGAUCUUUAUACCUGUUUUGAUGCAAUUAUUGACAAUUUUGAUGUCUACAAGGUAGAAACAAUCGGAGAUGCCUAUAUGGUUGUGUCCGGGCUCCCAGUACGGAAUGGCAAACUCCACGCACGGGAGACUGCCAGAAUGUCCUUAGCAUUACUGGAAGCAGUCAAAUCAUUUAAAAUACGACACAGGCCCAAUGACCAGCUGAAGCUAAGAAUAGGAAUCCACACUGGACCAGUGUGUGCAGGAGUUGUUGGAUUAAAAAUGCCACGUUACUGUCUAUUUGGAGACACGGUUAAUACAGCCUCCCGUAUGGAAUCUACUGGAGAGGCACUGAAAAUCCAUGUGUCCUCAACGACCAAGAAUGUCUUGGAUGAGUUCGGAAAUUUUGAACUGGAACUCCGUGGCGAUGUUGAAAUGAAGGGCAAAGGCAAAUUGAGGACCUACUGGCUGCUUGGUGAGCAAAAAGAUGUUCCCGACAUCUAACGUGGUGUCUGGUGUGAAUUGCUUGUAUGUUAUUAUACUGCAGAGCAGUGGUUAUACAAACUGUAGUUUAUUUGUUACCAAAACAAAUUUUGGCUAUGUUUAUUUCUGGAGAACAGAUCUUAUAGAAAAUAUCUGUAGAAAAUAUCUAGAUGUAUCCCAGGUAUAUUUUAUACCUGAACAAAGCUGCAAAACUAGUCAUUUUUAUUAAGAUCUUUUUUCUUCUUAGCUGAAUACUUUUCAACAAUAAACCCUUAUUUUUUUGUGCUUUCUAUAUUAAGAUUUAUAUAAUGUGUUUGAGAAGAUAUGUAAAUAUAAUAUUUUCCCCAUCUACAAGCUGUAUAUACUGUGUAUCUAAGAUAUUGCUAAAUAUUUUGUUCAAAUAAACCAGAUAAAACCUG